AUGAAGCGGGGUCGGCAAAAGCUGGCACUUGUGCAAUGUUGGUAUAUAAGUGUUGUUGCCGUCGUUCGUCUAGCAACCUGCCAAAACACCGCUCUCAUUGAUUCGCACCUCAACACGAUGUCGACUUCAAAAGCAGCCGGCAGUGCUGUGGCUUUGUCCAAAGCCAUCGCGGAAAACACUGCAUUGAUCGAAACAUAUCGCAAAGAGAACGGCCUGCCUCCUUUAGACCUCGAGACAGAUACUACAAAUGCCGCCUAUCCACCGCAAAUUGAGCAAGUCCGCCAACGUAUCGUCCGAGAUACUCAACAGCUGCAAGAAUUGGUAUCUGGGCCAGGCGAUCUUUGGCAGGUUGCCGGCAUGCCGGAAUCGAUCUAUUUGGGACUUAUUCGCGUAGUCAACGAGUUCCGGAUCCCCGACAUGGUACCUCUCGACUCAACAGUCUCGUAUGAAACUCUGUCAGAGAAAACAUCGAUCCGCGUAGGAGUUCUGCGCCAAAUCUUGAGGGCAGCCAUUACAUUCGGAAUGUUCAAGGAGCCCAAGCCAGGACACAUUGCACAUUCGGCUAUCACCAAACGUUGGGCCGGGUCGGAAGGAAUUCAAGCCUGGAUUACAAUGCUUGAGGCUGUCACUCUCGGCGCCACCAAUCUUUCCGCUGCACUACGCAACAAUCCAGAUAUGGACAGUCCUGCAACCGCACCGUAUAUGCUUGCUUUGGCAACUGGUGACUCAGGCUACUAUGAAUAUCUUAAUCGAAACCCGGAAAAGGCCAAGGUUUUCUCAAAGGUUAUGAGCAACUUUCAGGCCGGCGAAGGAUAUGAUCCGAAACAUGUGGUCAACAACUUCGACUGGGCUGCGCUGAAGGGAGGACAUCUCGUCGAUCUCGGCGGAUCUAUGGGCGAGAUUGCAUUUGCUCUCAAGAAAAAGUUCCCAAACCUUCAGAUCACUGUUCAAGACCUGCCAAGCACUAUCCAGGCUGCGCGUGAACAGCCCGAUCUCCACGGAGUCAACUUUAUGGAGCACGAUAUCUUUGAUCCUCAACCCAUCUCCGGCGCCGAUGUUUACCUGUUCCGUUGGAUACUGCAUAAUUGGCCUGAUGCGUUUGCGGUACGGAUCUUGCGGGCAUUGAUUCCGGGGUUGAAGCCCGGGGCGAAAGUGUUAGUUGUUGACGAAAUUAUGCCGGAAAUUGGAACCGCACCUCCUCAGGUUGAGAAGAACCAGAGGAUCUUGGAUAUCACCAUGUUAGACACUUUCAAUGCGAAGGUGAGAGAGCUGGAGGACUGGAAGGAGCUAUUUGCUGCAGCGGACCCACGAUUCGCUAUUGUUGGAGUCAAAGAUCCUCAAGAUUCGCGUCUGGGCUUUAUCGAAGUGCAGUGGCAGGGCUGA